AUUUGGGGUCCAGUACCUUUUUCUAGACAAGCUGCAGGUUAGCCUGUCCCAAGAUCUGCUUCCCAGGCUAGGCUGUAGGUGUGUCCCCUGCUUUUGGGCGCUGUCUGGGAGACUGAAUCUGGGGCAUCCUGAUGUCUCUACUCUACUCCCACUCGCCACUGAGAUUGAGAGGUGAGGGACAGUAGCCAUUUUCUACAGGAACAAACAUCUGAACUGGUGAGAUCGAGAGUCUUGGGUAUUAGUCCUGAGGAGCUGCGCUCACCAUAAAUUUGGAAAUACAACUUGCUCACUAGGACUCAGAUUCAUGCCUGAGGAUUGCCUUUGGGGAAAACAUACAAAAUUGCCUGAUUGAAGGGAACAACAAAGACCAGGAGCCUGGGGCCAGUGUUGAAUCCUGGAGCCCUGGUGUGUGCCAAGGCUUGUGUGUGUGUGUGUGUGUGGGGGGGGGGGGCGUUGGUCCUUGUACAUGUUGUGGGCUUCUGACCUUGUGUGGCUCUCUUGAGUUUGGGACCUUCCAAGAGCCUGGAGUGCAGCCAGGGGAGGACUUUCCCCCAUGGCCCAGGGAAAGUUGGCUGACUCCUUGAUCCUGGAGAUGUGGCAAGGUCUUUGCUUUUUCUUUAGCUCUUUGAGUGAUCCAUACAACUCAUUUUGAUCAUAUUCACCACCCCAAAUUCUUCCCAGAUCCAUUUGCUUUCUCUACCCACCCAUCCUUGUAUCCUUUUUUUUUCUUUCUUGUUUUAAAAUCCAUUAAGACUAAUUUGUGUUGCCCAAAUAGUCUUGUAUAUUUCACUGAAAUGUGAUUGGCUUACCAGGAGCUAUAGAUACUCUUAGAGGAAACUGUCUCUUCCUCUUACAGCAGCUAAUAAUGUGCCAGUUGCUCCAUACUAGUGGUGGGAUUUGGUGCUGGACUCUCGUCUCCAUGUUGAGAUUUGGUUUGGCUUGGGCUUGCACAGGUGCUGUGCAUCAUGUUGUAACUGCAGUGAGUUCAUAUGAACAGCUGCCCUGUUGUGGCCAGAAGACAUUGUUUCCUUAUGGUCCCCACCACCUCUGGCUCUCAUGCUCUCUGCUCCCUCUUCCUCAAGGAUUCCUGAGCCUGGGCUGCAGGGUUUGUGGUUCCCAUCAGGGCUGAACAGUCUGCAGUUUCUUAUUCUCUUCACCUUGGCCAGUUGUGGGUCUCUGUGUUAGUCAUCAUCUAUUGCAAAUAGAAGAGUCUCAAAUGAGGGUGGAGAGAGAUGCAUUAAUCUAUGGGUAAGCCAGUAAAGUCAUCAGGAGUUGGCUUAAUACUGUGUUCAUUUAGCAAAAUAAUAGCAGUAGGGAAUCCUCUAGGAAUUAUUGCAUGUCUAGAUAGGGUUUUGUCCUGGUAACCGGUAUAGGUUUCAUCUUGUGGAGUGACACUUAAAUCCAAGCAGAAUGUGGUUGGUUUCUCCCACGAUGGCUUUGCCACUAUCCCACCAGUGGACGGAUCUGUGUAUCUUGCCAGGACAGUCAUUAUUGUAGUUUGCAGGGCUCACAGUUAGGUUCGAUUGAGGAUUACUUUUUCACUCUGGUAGAUGCAUAGCAUCUUUUAGCAGUUGAAAACUAGAAGAGAGAUGAAGCUUCCAGGUCAGUACCAGCUUGAUUUCUUCAUGUUUUAUGACUCAAAUAUGUGGUGUCUUCAGUAUUAGGGUCUUCUCAUCAAGUUUUGGAGGGUAACCAAGAGCAGUGACAAUACCUGUAAUGUUUAGGGGGUGUCUUUGGGGCUAACAACUCCAAAAGAGGUAACCCGUUCCUAGCCAUGGACUUUUAAUUUAUUCAUCUGUGGUAUCUAGUGAUAUUGUUUUGGAAACUCCAUUUUUUUUACACAUACUAUAUAUUUCUAUUUGUCAUCUGUCUGUCUGUCUGUCUACCUAUCUAUCUAGAGAGAUACUGAGGCAUCUAUGGUAGUAGGUUUCCACAUGCUUUUUUUCAAAAGGCCUUUAGUGUUAUUUUUCCCUCUCUUCCAGGAGUUACUAUUUUUAAUUUUACAAUAUGAAGACAUUGCAGCCAUUCCCAGAAGUAUAACAGCUCUAAAGUUCCAUGGAUUCAUAACCUAGGUUUAUCACUCGUAAAUGAGUGAACUGUUGUUCCCAGUCCUCACCUCAAAGUAUGGAUUUCUUUGGAAUUGGCUCUUUUCUGGAGCCCUGUGCCAGAGCCUGUCUGUGAGUCCAGCUACUUCCGCACCCCUCAUUCAAGUCCGGUUUCUGGUUUGUCUCUUCAGAGUCACUUUGAACAAUUAGUUGUAGAACGCUCUCCCCUGAGCACACACUCACCAUCUUCGUCAGAACAGUGCAGACUGCUUGUAACAGAGCUCGUUUGACUCGGUUUAUGGGGCUUCCCCCGACCCUCAAACACUACGCUGUCCUGGUUACUGCUUUGUGAGUUGCGACCUCUGGCGGGCUUUGGUGUGUUCCUCGGUGUCACAUUAACUCUCCUGUCUUCCCGUAUGAAUUUGAGACUUUUAAUAUCUGUAGGAUAUUGAUGGAGAUGUCGUUGUAUCCACAGCCAAGGUUGGGGAGAGCUGACACCCUAAACAUGUUGACUUUUCCUGCUUAUUAUAUGGAAUAUGUCCUCAUCCACUUUGAUCUUUCAUUUCUUUCCACAAAGUCUUGUAGUUUUCCUCAUAGUCAUCUCAUAAUUAAAAAAUUACAUUAGUAUUACUUUGUUUGGAUGUCAUUCUCAACGUGCUGAUUUCACCGCAAAUUCCAGUGGUUUGGUGCUCCUGUAUAGGGAAGUGAUAUUUUGUUACGAACUCUGUGUCUACUGCUUACAAUAACCUGCUUUAGAGUUUGUUGUUGAUUUUUGUGGGAUUUUUCUCCACAAACAAUCAUGCUGUCUAUAGAACAAGUCAGAGCUCUUUCUCACUGACCACUUAGAAUAAUUCUCUGCAAGGUUCAUAUGGUACACUUGGUCGACACGUCUUUUAAGUACUUUUUUUUUAUUCCACACGAGCUUCCCCCCCAAUAUUUUAAUACUUUUAUUUGUUGAGGGCAUCUUAUUUAACAAUAACUAUAACUAUCAGUUCAUCAUUGAGAGCUUCUGGUUCUGACUGUCAUUUUCGUCUGUAUCCCCAGCUGUCAUGAUCACACCUAAAUGAUAUUUACAAUUUUCUAACAUUAUCUCAUGCCCCAUUUAUACUUAACUCUCCCUUGUCUCCUUUCUUACUCAUGUGUGGAGGCCAGGACCCAGUCCAGGUCACGUACCUCAUGCAAGGAAUGAUUUUCCCCUAUCUUUAAUUGGGAGAAGAUUGACCUCUACUUCUUUCAUUACUCAGCCAGUAUAAGCCAGGAUCCAGUCCAGGUCAUGUACCUCAUGCAAGGAAUGAUUUUCUUCCGUCUUUAAUUGGGAGAAGAUUGCCCUCUACUUCUUCCGUUACUCAGGCAGAGGUGGGCUUUGACCUCGUGACUGGCUCAGAUCUGUGGAUUUUCUUGACUGGUUAAGAAUGGGCUGCAGAGAUGCUCUCUGUCAGCCUGCCCACCUCACCGCUACCCUGUCCCCACCUCCUACUGAAUCGGGAGACUGGGAUAUGAAGGGCCUUCUUCCUAAGUGCUUUACACUUUUCUUCUUGUUCCUCAGAUUGGACUCUGCAAGUAGACCCUUCUCUAGGGAGAGUGUUCUGGAGAGUGGGAGAUGGCCCCAGGGCUCCUGACAACCAGAGACAAGACAUUAAUGGCUUUCCAUGACGUGGCUGUGGCCUUCAACCAGGUGGAAUGGGAACUGUUGAGUCCUGCUCAGAGGAUCCUGUACAGGGAAGUGAUGCUGGAGAACUACAGCCACCUGGUCUCUCUGGGAAUUGCAUUUUCCAAACCCAAACUCAUCACACAGCUGGAACAAGGGGCAGAGCCCUGGAGAGAUGGCAGUGAAUGCCUUCUGGACCUUUGUCUAGCAGAACCCAGGACAGAAUUAGAGUCCUGUCUCUCCUGCCCGAUAUCCUUUGCUAGUCCAGAAGUCCUCAGAGUGUGUGUGAUGAGUGGACACUCCCCUCAGACUUUCCCAAGCCCACGAGCAGGCAGCAACCUCCAGCCAGAAGCUCCAGACUGUUCUAGCGGUAAAGACCAAGAGGGAGACUGCAGCAGUGACGCUCUGUUGCAGAGAGCAAGUCCGUCGAGGAUCCUGAAGACGCUCUUUAGCCCGUGCCAAGGUCAGGCAGUGUACUGGGUAGAAGGCAACAGGAAACAAACAGACCUUGACCUGGCCCCAGGAGGGACCCCUGAGAAGGCAGGCACAAUGUCGACGGGGUCCGACGAGUCAGAAUCUGGAGCAGUCAUAGAUGGAGCAUUUCCAUUAGAGCUGAACGCUGCCGCUGCCGCAAGCCUGUUCAGCUCUCAGAAGCAUCAUGGAUAUCCCGAUUGCGGAAGAGGCUUUUGCCAGAGGUCAGACCUCGUGAAGCUCCAGAGGAUGCACGGAGGGGAGAAGCCUUACUCAUGUUCCGAGUGUGGGCACCAGUUCACUCAGAAGGCUUCUCUCACUGUCCACCAGAGGAAGCACUCGGGAGAGAAGCCGUAUGUGUGUGGGGAGUGUGGGCGAGGCUUCAUGUAUGUAUCCUCUCUCAACAACCACAAGAAGAUUAUUCACUCGGGAGAGAGACCCCUGGUAUGUCCGGAGUGUGGGCGAUGCUUCCGCCAGAAGGUAGACCUCCUUCUUCACCAGAGGACUCACCUGGACAAGAAGCCCUUCGUGUGUCCCGAGUGCGGCAGGGGCUUCUGCCGGAAGGCCUCGCUGCUGCAGCACCGGUGGAGUUCCCACUCGGGCGACAACCCCUUCCUGUGCUCGGUGUGUGGGCGAGGCUUCAGGCUGCUCUCCAGGCUCCUCACUCAUCAGGUCACACACUCCGGGGAGAAGCCCUAUGUCUGUGCGGACUGCGGGCAACGCUUCGGCCAGAAGGGCACGCUCAUCCGACACCAGAAGACGCACACCGGGGAGAAACCCCACGUGUGUCGCCAGUGUGGCUGGAGUUUCACCCAGAAGGUCAACCUCAUUAGGCACCAGAGGAUCCACACAGAGGAAAAACCUUACCUGUGCCCCGAGUGUGGACGCGCCUUUGAGUUCAAGUCACUCCUCACCAGGCACCAGAAGACGCACAUGGGGGAGAAGCCUUACGUGUGCCCCCAGUGCGGCAAGGGUUUUAGCCAGAAGUUCAACCUCAUCGGGCACCAGAGGAUCCACACGGGGGAGCUGCCUUUUCUGUGCCCGGAGUGUGGCCGUGGAUUUGUAAAGCAGGCCACGCUGAUCAGACACCAGAGGACCCACGCACGGUGGGAGAAGCCUUACCAGUGUCCCGAGUGUGGACGCGCCUUUGAGUUCAGGUCACUGCUCACCAGGCACCAGAAGAUACACACAGGGGAGAAGCCUUAUGUGUGUCCUCAGUGCGGCAGGGGUUUCAGCCAGAAGUUCAACCUCAUCGGGCACCAGAAGACACACACAGGGGAGAAGCCCUAUGUGUGUUCCCAGUGUGGCCAGAGUUUUAGGCAGAAGUUCAACCUCAUUAGGCACCAGAGGAUUCACACAGGGGAGAAGCCCUUCUUGUGUGCCGAGUGUGGGCAUGCGUUUGGAAAGAAGGUCUCUCUCAUCAGACAUCAGAGGACCCAUGGGGAGCGGAAGCCUUACCAGUGCCCGGAGUGUGGACGAGCCUUUGAGUUCAGGUCACUCCUCGCCAGGCACCAGAAGACACACACGGGAGAGAAGCCUUACGUGUGCCCCCAGUGCGGCAAGGCUUUUAGCCAGAAGUUCAACCUCAUCGGGCACCAGAGGAGCCACACGGGGGAGAAGCCUUACCCGUGCCCCCAGUGCGGGCGCGCCUUUGGCUUCAAGUCUCUUCUCACACGACACCAGAGGACACACUCUAAGUAGGAGCUUCCCGCCAACUGCAUGUGUGUGUAAGGACUGGAAUGGGAUGUCACCUCUGACUGGAGGACUCAGUCCAGUCCACAGAGAAGCUGUUUGUUUGGGCGUGGCCUUGGCUUUAACUCUGCCCUCGUUAUACAUACAUCAGCAGACCUGCUCUAGGAAGAAGCCGAUGUGUGCAGGGAUUGCUGGGGUCGGGGUGGGGCGGGGGUCUCACCACCACAGACCUAGGAGGAAUAAGUGUGGCCAUCAGCUCCUAGCACGAGAGGUGUUUGCCUGUCCUUUUCCUUCCUUUCUCCAGGAGCAUGAAGCUGGCAGAGGUCACUAGCGAAUGAAUGUCCCAUUUUCCUGAAAUGGAAUAGGGGGAAAGUC